AGUACAACUUUCGAAGCAUCGAACACAAAGUGGGCAUUGAAAAGCAUCGAGUGUGUCGAUAUGAUUGGAAGUUCCGCCAUGAGCACCGCUAUCUGAAUUCAUAACACCGGGACUGAUUGGAUCGAAAUGAGAUCGAUUAAUGUGUUCCUCAAGUGUCCUCGAAUCUUCUGUCGUGUAUGGACACAACAAACAUAAAAGAGGCGAUGAAAGUGUUGGAAUUGUAAUCUUUGGCUUGGUACUCGCUUUAAGUUUUAAUCCUAACUGACUUCUUAGUGGCGAACCUUCACCAUGACUCUCAGGAACUCCAUUCACAUUUCCACCAUUCAUAUUGUUGCUAUUAUUGUUAUCAUCCAUUAUAUUAUAAUUGAAUAUCGCGGGUUCGGACUUAAAGCUUCCAUUCGUCAAUGUUUCGCUAGGGAUUUUGGUAUUUAAACCACUAAACUGCGUUUUAUUUUUUGCUACUAUUUCUUUUACUCCGUUCUGUUGUUUGCUGGCAUCAAAGUUAUUUGGUGACGUUGCGUGAUUAUUUGUGAUGCCAGGAAUUUCAGUAAUUGAG